CUCCUCCAAUCGAGAGCAAAUUAGCAUUAGAUCCAAUUCUCUAAACCUCAUCUCGAUCCUAUGGUUCUCUUUGAUUUCAAGUCAGACAAGCACUUCGUUGCUUCCUUUGACAAAACUACCAUUCAUGUAUACGAGCUGACCAACCCUACCAUCCAUCCUUCCCGCAUCAGAAAGACUCAUUGGAGGGAAGUCGCCAACAUCACUCUUGCUCCAUAUCAUCGUGAUCGCGGCGACGACGAGAAGGACCAAAGCGAUUCCGACGCAGACGAUCCAGCAGCAGAUGAGGAGGAGGAGGAGUCCUACAACGGGCUGAUGUUCUUCGAUGGUCACGGGAAGAUCGAGGGACAAGAGGCGUUGACCAAGCUAGCCCAACACCUCACCCGCCUGCGGUUGAUAGUGAGCCCCCAAGGGCACAUCUAUCAAGAUGUCUCCGAAUUGGGAGAACACAAAGAGUUCGGGAUUCACUAUCUUCGAUUGAAUGAUCUCUUCAAUUGGACGGAUCACGGGGUCAGCAUGGUGGGCGUUACUAUGUGGCGACGCCUCGUGUUAAAGUAUAUCAUACCGAAAAGGGAGAAGCGACCGGUGAUGAGCGGAGCGGUGAGCAAGGAGAAGUACGAGGAGUUAAAAAAGAUGGUGAGCAGUAAGGAUAAGGAGUUGGGAAAGCUGAGGGAGGAGAUGGAGGAACAAGAGAGGGAGAUACAACUGCUAAAAGAAGAGAAGGAGGAUGCAAGUGAGCAACACGAGGCGGAGCUACGGGAGUUGGAAAAGGAAAAGGACGAGGAGUUGAGAAUAUCGUUGAAGAAGAAAGACGAGGAGUUAAAAAUACUGAAAAAGAGGAAGGAUAAGGAGAUACAAACGUUAAAGGAAGAGAGGGUGGACCCAAGUGAACAGCAACAGGAGAAGCUGCGAGAGUUGGAAAAGAAAAAGGACGAGGAGUUGAGAGAGAUGGUGAAGAGGAAAGGUGACGAGUUGCAAAUGCUGGAGAAGAGGAAAGAUGAGGAGUUAAAGAGUAAGAAUGAUGAAUUGAAGAUUUUGAAAAAAGAAAAGGACGACGGUGCAAAGCUGAUCAGAGAGAAGGACGAGGCAUUAAAAACAUUGAGGGACCAAGUGGAGAAUUUGAAAAAGGCUAGUCAGGGGAGUGAAGCUGCAACUGCAACGAACGGGAAAAUACUGGUGAACAAUGGUGAAUGGCAUACGUUGAAGAAGGAUAAGGAAGCACUGCAGAAGUCGAUCACCGAGAAGGACGUGGAAUGCACAAAGCUAAGAAAAGAGAAGGAAGAAUUGAAGGCGGCGAAUGCAGCUGAAACACGAAUGGUAAGAGACCAACUGUCACAACUCCAGCAGCAGGAGCAACGUCGCAACCAACCAUGGGUUUGGACAGGCGCGACACAGUUCCUCAAGGAAUACACAGUCGAUGUACGCACAAGACGGCCUAUGCCACGAGACAGUUGGGGCAGCCUCAAAGUCGAGGUACCGAGCGAUUGUUACUAUGUUUACGAGCCGAGUACCAACGCGAGCUCCUCGCCGUUCCCGAUGAUAAAUUGGCUUGUGGUGAAUGAAGAGCCCAACGACUGGCCACCUCCCCCGAAGACCGGUGCAGUCUGUCAGCCUGGGCAAUUCGACAAAGAUAACUGGUGGUUUGUGAAGAUAGCUCACCCAGGAGGCCGCUUGGCGAUGAUGGCUUAUUACGACGGCAACCAGAGUUCUUACACUACCCCGAACUAUCUUUACCCUAUCCGACUUCCCUUUCCGAGGAACUCUAAGGUUUUCACAAGUACACAGUUCUUCCUGGUUGAGGUGAAUGGUGCAAGAAGGCUUGCUUUCAGGUACCGGGCUUAGCUAAGGUGGGAUUGAGGGCUGGCUAGUUUCCAAUUGUUUCCAACUUGUUUACUUAUUUGGUGUAUGAUUGCUUUUGGAUUUUGUCGUCGGUUGUCACAUUGGUGCUUUGCCACUAGGUCUCGAAGGUGUGUGUAUCUUUCUAUAUUAAUCAUAGACAAUGACUUGGCCUAUUUCUCACCCCCCAAAUGUGAACAGUAGAUAUGAUAAUCCCCAGACAUGAUAAAUCAUAACAAAAUCU